AUGCCCCGUAUCGCCGCCCGCACAGAAACAUACGACACGAUCCGCGAGUGCAACAGACACUACCGCGCCAAACGGGACCACAUCCUUCACAUGCUGGGCAAAGCAUCCUACAUCGACGGCUCUCAAUUCCUCAUCACCUUCAUCUCUCCCAAAGGCGAGAUCCACUCCUUCCAAUCGACACUCCUGAAAGAGCCUUUCGAAACAAAGCAGAAGGUAGAUGAGGGUGGCGGUCUGUUGCAUAUGGACUCGCUGAAGUACCAUGCCGCGCAAGUGAAGCAAAAGCUGAAGCAGCGAAGAGAGGAGGAAGGGAAAAGUAAUGCUCAGAUCGUGCCGGGCGCCAAGGGGAAGCUUCUGCCGGUCGGGUCAGAUGAUGAAGACGAGGACGAUGUCGAAGACGACGACGCCGACGAUAUCGACCCUGACAGAACCCUUGUCGAACCUCCCACCCCUGCUGUCGCCAGCUCCAGCAAACUUCCUUCCGAUCAAGACAAGACCGUCUUUACCAUCCAACCCGACGACAUCGUGCCCUACUAUGAGAAACGUUUCUCGUCGGUGCAACAGGAGGUCUGCAAGCAGGUGGCCAAGGCUUGGAUCAAGGUCGUUGAGCCCAAGAAGCAGAGCAGAUUCCCUUACAACAAGGGUGACAAGUCCAAGCCCAAAUGGUGGCCCAAAUCCAUUGAGCACCGUGCCCCGGACCAUCUCACCAAAGAACAACGACUUUCCCUCCUCAUCCACAUGCUCCGAGGCAACCUUGCCAAGGUGGCUGACUUGGAAUUGUCGGUGGCCACGAUAAUGGCGUGGUUGCCUGCCGACAAGUUGGAGAUCAUCCGUGAGAUCUGUUUGGUGGCUCGUGCCGAUGAAGUUUGGAGGGCGUCUGGCAAAACCGACCGGCCUCUUGUGUUGACUAUUCCCGACAGCCUUCGUGAAGUAUGGCUUGCUGGGGAGACUCUUCCUCGGUACACCAACGAGGCUCCUCUUGGUGCCGCUGCCGUCAGAGCUGCUACUGAGGGAGCUGCUGUCCAUGCGGCUGCAAUGGCUGAAGUCCAAGCAGAGCUGUCGCAGGCUAUGUCUUCUGCAUCAGCGCCCCCCGUCGAGUUCUCCAAGUCUUCGUUGGUAGAGAAGACCAAGAAGCGACCGAGCCCCUUGGGCAUGUCCGACAAGCUCAACGCCCGAAUGCCCGCUCCCAAGCGCCAGAGAUCGACACCAUCUAUCAAUUACACCCCCGUGCACCCCAACGACUACAACUGGCGUCCUCAAGGCUACAUGCCCAACCACCAACCUCCCUUCACUCCUCUCGGUCUCCAUCUUCACGACCCCAACCCCUAUCCUCCUCCAUUCUCUCACGUACCUCUUGGUCCUCAGCACCACCAAGCUCCCCCUCCUCAUGUGCAUGGCCAUAUGGGAGAGCAUGUGCCGAGGUACCACCACGUCCCGCCUAUCAUGACGAGGCAUCACUCCAUGGGCGAGCCCUCUCCCAUCUAUUUGACACCCGCUAUGGCUUCUCCCAUGCUUGAGGACUUUAGCAACCAGCAGGGAGAGGCAUCUUCAUUCAUGUAUAUCGACCCUUCCAUCACUCAACCCGGCUCUGCUGGUAUUGACCCUUCCUCCCAGACGUCGAGUACGUCGCUCUCUGCCCCGACCCCUACUUCUGCCCCGCCGGCGCUCUCCCAGCCUAUACCUGGCAGCGCCGACUUUUCCAGAUCCGGUAGCCAACAAGGCUACAUGCAGCAGCAACAGAUGGAGUACCUAGAGGCACACACGCCGCAGGGAUACGAGUAUCUGGCUCCUACGCCACAGGGCGAUACUGGCUUUGAGAGAUUCUAUGAAGGAGAAAGCUUCGACUAUGGGAUGCCGGUUGUGAGCGACCAAGUAUACUGA